AUGCGCCCGGCGCUUCUUCGAUUACUGAAGAGGCCGUCCUCCGUCUCCAUCCUGCAAUCCCUCGCAUUAGCUCCCACUGGAAUCGAGCAAUUGGACUACACGCAUCGGUGCUUGCGAUGCCAGUCGCGGGCGAACUCGCAGCAGCCAGCACAGGUCGAUCAUGCUGGGAGCCAUAAUGGUGGAGGCCGGCGCACACAGAAUUACCCGGCACAUCAUACAAGACCGCCGACGAGCUUUCCCGUCCACGAAAUUGAACCGACGCGAGAGAUCGAGAACGCCGUGCCUACUUUGCACACCGACAAUCUCGGAGCAAGCAAAUACGCGACAAAAGACUUGGGACUACGGCCAGAGGCACUCGAAUUUGAAUCAGAUAUUGGUCACACCAAUGACCUAGGAACACGUCUCGUCGACCAACCGGAGAACAGAAACAACUUCGACUUGUGGGAAGAGCUUCUGCGGUUUCGCCAGCGCCGCUAUGGGGAUAAAGGGACGGUGGAUAUAUGGGAGGCCCUGACAGUACGGGUGGAUGGAGUCUGUAUCCCCGUGACCGGGGCGCGGGCAGAUUUCUUCUGGAAGAGCUUUGUGGAUCUUGGGCUGAAACGGGAGCUUCUCCUUAAAGAGGUUGUGAGCUACGCUGUCAGUCUCUGUGAAAGGGAGGGUGAUUGCUGGUCCCAACUAUACGAGCGCGUUGUGGGUGGGCUCCUCGACCGCGGAAUGACAAACCAGGCCGUUGAAUAUCACCGACAGCUUCAAAAUACUCACUUCAGGAAUCCUGAUGACCUGGUGAAGAUUCUGCCAUUGGCCCUAUCUCCAUCGUCUUCCGCCAGCACGCUCCCGAUUACCCUUAACGGGUUUCAAGAACAGACUGCCUCCCAUCCCGGAAUCAAGGCCUUCAGUGAUAUAUGCCGUACAACAGACGGCCAUUCCAUCUGGUAUCCUGUGAUCAAUAUAUUCUUGCAGCAUGGAUAUGGGACAGAGGCAUUCAAGAUGCAUGAUUUUUUGGUCCAACGCGGGGACCAUCCUCAGACUUUCGAGGAGAUGCAGCCGUUGUUGAACUGGGCGCACCAUAUCUCGAAGAAGAGAGCAUAUAAGCGACUGCGAGAGUAUUCCGAUCAAAGAUUUCUGGCUGAGACAUCCGCUGAAGGAUCACAAGAAAAGGCAGAGAAUAUACCAGAAGAAAAGCCCCUCAAGGACGAUAUGGGCGCCCGGUUGUUCGCCACUCAAGCCCUCAAUAUUGAAACCAUCAUUGCUGGCCUGAAAAUGUUCGGCGUUACAGCAAUUGGUCCACGUACGCUGCGUGAGAUGGCCGCGAGAGCGAAGGACAGUCACGAUAUUCUGGAGAGGCUGAAAAAACUCAAGCAAUCUGGCAUCUCGGUCGGAAACAGCGUCUUUGCACAAUUGAUCCAAAAGCUGGCAGCGCAAAACCGUUCUAUCCUCCUUUCCGACCUUCUCUCCAGCGAUCAACAUCCCGAUGCGGUGGAGGACGCCCACGUGCAGGAGUCGCUUCUCGUUUCAAAUUAUAUUGCAAAAGACUCGCGGCAGUACAACUUGUCGUUGGCCAUUCUUACGGAACUCCUUCCAGACGGACAGAGCCUCUAUGAAGUUCAUUUUCGAAAACAUGUUGCUGCCGCGGAAUGGCGUACGGCGUCCAAGGUUGUGGAUGAAAUGACUCUCUGUGGUAAGGUCAUGAGCCAGGACAGCAUGGAGUUUAUGGUCCAGCAUGCUCUCACCCCUCGUCGGGUGGGACAUCGUCCACCCACACGUCCAGGAAUUUCCGACCGCGAUGAGGUUCUAUUUGUUUUCAAGAUCCUGCAGCGUGUGGUUCCUGCUGGGACCGUUGUCAGUAGCUCGAUCUGGGUGGAACUGCUGAAGCGCCUAGGCAUGGGGCAGUACUGGAGUGAACUUCAAGAAUGCUGUGGAUGGCUGGCCCGUCAGUAUGGGCCUCAUCGGGAGCGAAAUCCUCAGCUCUGGGCGCACCGUUCGGCCUCCCGACCAACCUCACCGCGGCCGAAGUAUGGCGAGAAUCAACUCAUGCUCGAUCUUAUCUUCAGCCCCAAAAUGCAGUACGCCAUUGUGGAAUGGGGCUUCCAGCAGCGUAUCCACCCCGAAACGAACCCGCAGCAGCUCGUUCCGUGGGUGCGUGGUAUUCUCCUCCUCCGAGAGCUGGAGCAGAACGGUGUCCGACUCCACGAAGCCUGGAUUCGCCGCGCCUGUCGAUCCCGCCUCGCCGUGCUCUUCAAUCAACCUGGACCCUCCGCGCGCCGCCUCAACCGCAGAGUGCGCGAGUCCAACCUGUGGAGCCCGGAGCGGUUGAUCCUGGAUAUGUUUCGCGCCUGGGGCAAGUCGUCGCUGUUUGGCGGGUUAGAGUCGAGACCGGAGCUCUUGACAUAUCCGCACCGGUCGCCCUUAUCGCUGCGCCGCACAGCCCGGGUGAAGUGGAGAGGCCCAUACGUCAGGAAGAAAUAUACUACUUUCUAG